AUGGAAGCAAAGAAGAUCGGGCGUUUUGUAUAUGACAAAAGAUGGAGCAAUAAGCCAGAAUUCUUGGAACUUGUACGUAAGGGGUGGAACUUGUCGCAGAGUAACCCGCUGGGCACGGUCUCAGAGCGCAUCGCAUCGUGCAGAAAAUUACUCUCCAAAUGGAAGCGUAAUGAGGCCAGUAACUCAAGGAAGAUGAUUACAAAUCUCAGAGUUGAAUUGGAGGAAGAAGAGGAAAAGAUGGCCCCUAGCAUGCACAUGAUUGUCUACCUGAAGUUGGAACUUGCUAAAUUGUUUCAAGAAGAGGAGGAGUAUUGGAAGACUAAAAGCAAGAACAACUGGUUGCAAUCGGGAGAUAAGAACACUAAAGUCUUCCAUGGGUGGGCCAAGACUAGAAAGAUGAAGAACAACAUUUCAAGUCUCACAGACACUAAUGGAGUAGAACAUACUUCCGAAGAAGCCAAAGGUGACAUAGCGAUAAAGUACUUCUCGGAGUUAUUUGCUUCAUCACAACCUUCUGAUGCAUCUGAGCUUCUUCGAGACUUCGCCCCACGGGUUACAGAUAGGAUGAAUGAGAACCUGACAAAACCAGUCUCUGAUGCAGAAAUAAAGAGAGCUGUGAAAGCGAUAAAGAGUGAUAGCUCGCCAGGGGCAGAUGGGAUGACAUGCCACUUUUUUCAGAAAUUCUGGUCCAUUACUGGUGAUCAGAUUGUGGCAGAGGUGAAAGGUUUUUUUCAGGAUGGGGCUAUACCACAAGAUUGGAACUACACGCAGCUCUGCUUACUGCCGAAGAAGCCCAACCCUUCUCUCAUGACUGAUCUACGGCCUAUCAGCCUCUGCGCGGUUACUUACAAGAUCGUAUCAAACAUCUUAUGCGCGCGCUUAAAAAUCAUUCUUCCUCUCCUGGUUUCACCAACUCAAGGAGCCUUUGUUGCAGACAUAUGGGAAGAUCACACCAUAACGUGGAAUACGACAAGGCGACCCAUUGUCUCCCUUCUUGUUCAUUUUAUGUGGAGAAGCACUAGUACAUGUGAUGAACCGUGCAGAGUUGGAAGUCUCCUUCUCUGCCAAGCGACGCUGAAAGAGUGCGCGAACUUCCUACGAUGUUUGGAGCUGUAUGGUAAAGCUUCGGGGCAAGAGAUCAACUUUCACAAAUCUUCGAUCACGUAUGGUGCUGAUAUCGAUGAAGUAACGAAACGCCUGCUCGCUGAGCUCCUGGAAAUCGAGAAUGAGGGUGGAGCUGGGACUUACUUGGGACUCCCAGAGUGCUUCAGUGGGCCGAAACAGCAGUUACUAGCCUUUAUAGGUGAGAAACUUGGUAAAGACUUAGCGGGUGGUAUGCCAAAACGCUUUCUCUUAGGGGAAAGGAGACUGACAAAACAUCAUUGCCAUAAGAUCAUGAGUGCUAUGGCGGCUUUCUGGUGGAAUGAGUGUAGUGACAAGAAAAAGAUACACUGGGUGUCUUGGCCAAAGCUAUGCAUGCCUAAAGAGUUUGGUGGUCUAGGCUUUCGGGACAUUGAAGAUUUUAACCAGGCAUUACUGGCUAAACAAGCGUGGAAGCUCCUAAACGAGCCGCAAAGUCUGUUGGCACAGGUCUACAGAGGAAAAUACUAUGCCAACAAGGAUUUUUUGGAGUGUGGUAAGGGCUAUAAACCUUCUUAUGCUUCGAGAAGUAUCCUGUUUGGACGAGAGCUGUUGGUAAAGGGUCUCAUUAGGUCGAUUGGCAAUGGGAGAUUGACAUUAGUUUGGGGUGAGAAGUGGAUCAUGGAUGAUGUCCCGCGACGUCCUGUUAAUCGACAGAUUCUUAUUGAUAGCAACCUCAAGGUAUCAUCACUGAUUGAAAGUUCGGGGGAGUGGAACAAUACAAAGCUAACAGAACUCUUCCCUUCUAAUGAGGUUCUGAGAAUCAAGCAAUUGGUACCAGGAGAAGUUAAUGAUUGCUAUGUCUGGCCCUACACAAGACAUGGAGCCUACACGGUCAAAACUGGGUAUGAAAAGUUGGCUAAAGCUAAGACAUUGCUGGCCGGACCUAUUACUCCUGAAGAACAGACGAGGAAUUUGUUGAAAAGGAAAAUUUGGAAGACCCCUACACUGCCAAAGAUUCGAAUGUUUCUAUGGCGUGCAGUGUCAGGAGCUUUAGCUCUGGCGGAGCGCUUAAAUUCCAGAGGUCUUGGUGUGGAUAAUCUCUGCAAACUUUGCCAAGGAGGGCCUGAAAACAUAAAUCACGUCCUGUUCCAGUGCGCAGUAGCCUCCAGGUUAUGGUCUGAUGCAGGAAUUCCUCUCCCAGCUGCGUCCAUAAAGAGAUCUUUUGAAGAAAAUCUAAGCUUUGCUUUCAAUGUUAUGGAGGACAUGACUAGAUCGAGGACGAUAACACGCUCUGUACCUUGGUUACUGUGGUUAGGAUGGAAGAACAGGAACUCCAUUAUGUAUGCUGAAACUCAGGAAUCUACAGAGAGACUACUUAGAGACAUGGUAGAUGAAGCUGAACAAUGGUUUAAGCUGAACAACGUUCUGACUCCGGACAUAGAUGGGAGAGCUUGCUUGCAAAGUGGUGAUAGCUGGUCUCCACCAGAGGAGGGGAGGAUCAAAUGCAAUAUCCAUGCGAAUUGGAGGAAUGCAUCGCUCCAUAGUGGGAUAGCUUGGAUUGCAAGAGAUCACUAUGGGAAAGUGAUACAUCAUACACGAGAUGCGAUUGUUAAUGCUCCAAACAGAUUGAUAGCGGAGAUCCGAUGUGUGAUUUGGACUUUGACGAGCUUGAGCGAUCUAGGAGUCACAAACGUUAUCAUUGCGUCGGACUACAAUGAGGUAAUGGAAGCUAUUAAGUUACCGCUACAAUGGCCUCGUUACAGGGCGUUGUUGCAUCAGAUAACGAAGCUCAAAGAAAAUUUUGUUACAAUUACUUUUGAGGGAGAGACAAUACAGACAAACGGGAUUGCUCGAGACAUAGCGAGAAGUGUUCUGAGAGAUGGACGGUUUCAAUCUUACCUAGCUCUAGGGGGUCCUUCUUGGCUUCAGGACCGGAUUGCAAGAGAAGAGACGAGAAGCAGAGACUAA